CUUCACGGACUGUGUCACUUUAACACGGAGGGUGCCCUUUUGCCUCCGUCCAUUUUAAUGGAGCGAGUAAUCUGGCCUCGGUCACGACAACUAUGGAUCCAAGUUGCCGAGUUGCCCACGGAACCUACACUCAAAAUGCCGUCAAACCCGCCGAAUGAAGCAUGGUAUAAAUGGCAGUCAAUCUGAUAACGAAGGGUCAUGGAGAGAGUGCGAGAUUGCUCACGACAUUGAGCCGCCUCCUUCCUUCCUGCACAGUCUGUCGCUCGACGGGUGGAGGUGUCGGAUGAACACUCGGACAGAGAAAUGCCGGGGACGAAACUGUGGGCCGAGUUUUUGGGGCUCGGUUGAAUGGAGCAGCACCGCAGGCCGAUCGAACAGGCAGUGUAAUCAUAAUGGUGGAGGGAGGUGGAGGGAAGUGGACAAGUGUGCUCUGUCUGUGAAACGGUGAAGCUAGAGCCCCAGGAGUACCUUCCAAUGAACUCGCUCGUCGCUCCCUCGAAGUCGCGUUCCGAGCUCCUGACAUGGCACACAGCAGUGUCCAAAUCUGGAACGAGGCUGUCACUGCGCUCGUCGCACGUGGAAUGAAUGCAUACCUGGAAUAUAGAACCACCAUCUAGCGCCUCUGGCCAGUCAUAUGGUGGCGCAGCUUGCUUACCUAUCGGUGAUGCUAGACGGCCAUCAGCCUCUACUCUACUCUCGGGCUCUGCGGGCUCGGGCCUAAAAGUGGACGGUGCUGCGGCAUCUCUCAGGACUCGCGAGACCUUAUUCUCACGUGCGCUGCGCACCUGUCUCAGUCUGCGCUUCGGAACCCGGGGCAUCGAUUUCAAGAGAGUGAUAGAUUCAGUGGAGGAGGGAGGGGUGGAUGAGAGGAAAGGUUGCACGGAAGGGGUUCAAUUGUUGCGAAUUCGUCGAUACCAAGAUUUGUUGUGGAGGUGAUCAGGAGUUGGUGAGUGAGUGAGAAGAGAUUAUGCUCGAGAGACGGGCCGAGAGGAGUCGUCAGGUGUGUGAAGGGCGCGAGGGGUGGCAGGAGGAGCGGGGGCAGUGACGGAGUCGAGGAUUGCUGGGGGAAUUUGAAAAUCACAAAAUGCAGCAGCUGAUGGCGAUUCGCGGCUCGGCCAUGGAGCGGUGAGUGCGCGAUCCUGCGCAAGAGUGGCGGCAGCCGGAUUCUUACGGGCCGUUCUUUGGAAGGUCGUGGAAAUGCGUAAUUUGUGUUUCCGCCAUGUUGCCAUCAGCUUGAGAAAUUCUUUGAGGAGGCGGAGGAGGAGCCUGGGGGUGUUGCUCUCGAUCGAAACCGGUGGUCUCUGCAUGCUGGGCACGAGGACUUGAAUCGAAUCGAAUCGAAUCGAAUUGAAUUGAAUUGAAUUGAAUUGAAUUGAAUUGAAGCGAAUCGAUCCACGGAAAACGAGCGGCAGCUGUUAGGGGUCAUGGAGUUCUGGCCGGAGUUCCUCGCGGGCACAUCCGGGCGAGAAUUCAUCGCUGGGGGCGUGGGAGGAAUCGCCGGAGUCAUCGCCGGGCAUCCUCUGGACACUCUGCGCAUCCGCCUGCAACAACCUCGAACCAAUCCGAGCGUCGCGCCCAUCAAGGCCACGGCCCUGCUCCGUCAAAUUGUGGCGAAAGAAGGAGCCCUCGCUCUGUUCAAGGGCAUGUCAUCUCCCGUGGCCACCAUCGCCUUCCAGAACGCGGUCUCGUUCCAAACGUACGCCGUUGUAUCGAGAGCGCUGCAGCGGCGCGAGGACGACAGGCACACGCUCUCGUACAAGAACGUGGCGGUGGCGGGAGUGUGCGCGGGGACGAUCCAGACGCUGAUCCUGAGCCCGGUGGAUCUGAUCAAGAUCCGGCUGCAGCUGCUGACGGACCGAGUGUCGACGGCGCGCGCGGUCCGCGCCGUCGUGGGGCCGCUGGACGUGGUGCGCGGCAUUCUGCGCCGCGAGGGCGUGCGCGGGCUCUACCGCGGCUUGACCAUCACCGUACUGCGCGACGCGCCGAGCCACGCCGUCUACUUCGGCACGUACGAGUACGCGCGCGAGUGCCUGCAUCCGGGCUGCCGGCGCAACGGCGACGAGUCGCUCCUGACCAUGCUCACGGCCGGCGGCCUGGCCGGCGCCCUGAGCUGGGUCUUCUGCUACCCACUGGACGUGGUCAAGUCGCGCCUGCAGGGCCAGCUCCCCGGCGGCGGGCCCCUGCGCUACACCGGCAUCGCACACUGCCUGCGUCGCAGCGUCGAGGAGGAGGGCCUGACGGUGCUCUGGCGCGGCCUCGGCACGGCCGUCACGCGCGCCUACCUCGUCAACGGCGCCAUCUUCUCGGCCUACGAGAUGACCCUGCGCUUCAUCAACCCGCGCCCUCCCGGCGACCUGGGGCUCAAAGCCAUCGAUCUCUCGGCCUGAUUUCUAAGAUCCGCAGCCUUGGUCCGAAUUCGCGAGUUGAGCUCGAUCGGGGAGUCUGUACAGCUCGCUCAACUCGGCCGCCUUGCUUGCUUGCUCCGUAGCGGCGGCGUUCCCUGGUCGUCAUUGAUUUCCAUCAUUUUUGAGAGGUGGCAGAGUAGCCACCCCUUGUACACGAACUUACUUUCUGUCGACUCUGAGCUUUCUCCCGGAGUCGAUUUGUACUUCUCUUCAAAUGUAUUCGAAGUUCUCCUCAGCGCGUCGUGGGUAGUGUCAGAUAGCGCUUACUCAGAAUUGGUACGCGGUGACCGAGGUCUACCCACCGGAGGACAGCAAUCACAGGAAUGAGCUUCUGAUCAUACAUAUGUACAGUCAAGCAUUCAUCAGUAAACCCUGCUCCAUGGGGCAUGAGACAUUUUAUACAUUUAUUGCACGGGCAAAAUUGUUUCCAAAAGCUGCUUCAGUCAAGGUUUGUUCGUACUCAUUGCACGCGUGUCUACAUGUGUGUAUAUCUGUGUGUGUGUGUGUGUACUUUCUCGGCUCCCAAGUCCCUUGUGGGUUUCUCCUCGACAAUAGUCGUUCAAUAGUCAAACAAGUGGAUUUGAUUCGAGAGCACUGAUGUUGAGAAGUUUGUUCUCUAGAGGAGAUCGUCUGA